AUGGCAGACCGAAGUCCUUUGAAGAUUGAUAUCAGCAGCGAGCCGCCCGUCCCUCCCAUCGCCGCAGCUUUCUUGGUCAACUUUGACCAUCGCAAAGGGUAUACUUUGGUAUGGCACAGGUCCAUCGACGAAGCCCAGGUCGAGGGUGUCGUCGAGUUCAAAUCGUUACCGUCUGGACUACACAAUGUUGAGGAGGACUUAGUAUACUUCAUCCAUGAUAAAUACAGUGGCCUCAGCGCCUUCAUCAACAAGCCUGAUGGACAGUCCGAACGGGCAGCGCGCAUGUUGGCUGUUGGAGUCCUGGUUCCCCUCGAGUUCGGCCGUACCGGACGAAGUUGGCGUCAUGCAGAGGCCCUGCAAGCACUUGCAAGGUCUCAAAUCGACAACGUCCAAGACACCACUGCUCUGGAAGAAUACUGGGGCAAAUACAGGCUUCGGCCAGACGAGCGGCCAGAACAGGAACAAGUCCACAGCGAGUACCCUGGUCACUCAGCGACCCGACAGCCAGCAAACGGGUAUAGAAAAUCCAGGUCCAUGAGCACAGCAACGACAUUUCUACCUUCACAUCACACCUUGACGCCUCAUCAUCCUGCCUUGACUUUGCUCGACUCAGCGGACAUCUUCGGUCCUCUGCUUUUCCCUCUUUAUCGAGCCGCACUACUUCGCAAGCGGAUAUUAAUCGUCGCUGACACCCCUGUGCAAUCCAGUUGUAAUCUUGUAUAUAAUAUGUCCAUCUUGUCAUCUGUAUCAAAAGCACUCCUGGAAUUUCUACCCUCGGGCGAUACUCCGAGUCUUUGGUUGCGACCUCUGUUCACCGUCGGUGUGGGAGACAUUCCAGAGCUUGAAACGACCAAAUCGUCUCCUACAUCAGUAUCGAUUGCCGAGGACAAUUGGAUUGCAUGCACCACGGACGAUGUAUUGAGCACGAAACCGCAGCUGUACGACGUCCUAGUACUGAUGCCACCGUCGGAGUCAAACAAUGCUGCCACAAAAGUGUUUCCAAAAAUGGUCCUGUCAAGUCCCGAGUUGACAAAGUCAUUUCCAAAAGUUGGCAUUAAAUCGACCCAGCGAGACUUUCAACGGUUUGUGCGUCUUCAACAAGGUCUUCUCCAAUUUCGACCGAGCAAGACGGCAAUUAACGGCUCCUUGGAGAAUGGCGCCGAAGGCCGCCCACCGCUCUCCUCACGGCGGUCUUCCUUUUCGGCCAACAAGGCAGUUGUGGAACCAGCCUCCUGGUCGCGAAUGGCAUAUACCUCUCUUGUUUGGUGGGCAUCUGCUGGAGAUAGACGUGGGGGACUUGUUGAGACAGAAGAGGCGGAGAACGAACAAGAUUUGGCGCUGUUGAGCUAUGAAGACGACAGCGACAGUGAACAGACUCGGGAGGUUGCGCUUGUGGCAUAUUUCCAUCGCCUGACUGAGAUCAUAUUCCAAACCGUUGCAGAAGCCAUUGCGCGCUCUGACGGUACUCGAUCGGCACCAGAGUCAUCUUACCAUGACGACGACAAUAACGACAAUACAGAGUCGAUCUACGAAGAAACUGUACAACGGAGGGCUUCCUCGGAGGGAGAGGAGACACAAGGUCUCUUAGCGGACCCCGCCGACAACGGCGAAGUCGAAAUUACUCCGGAAGAUAUGGCAGCCAUGGGACUGGACAGCUGGAGCGCAUCCGACCGAGCAUUCGUCGAAGAACUGGUACGCCUCUGGUGGGGACGCAAGGCAGUGGUGCGACCGACGUCGAUUGAAUGCUGCGGCCUCAGGAUCUACUAG